CGAGCAGCAAGGUGCUGCCAUUAACGAGAGACCGAAAGUACAGUGGAGGUGUGUCGAAGACAAAUCCGUCAACAACAAACCUCAAUCUUCUCGGACAGAUGACAUCUGACGUCAACUGAAUCACGCCUGGUGUUCGGUCCAGGCCGGAUUGUACAGUUUUGCCGAUGAAUGCGCCAGCCUUGUUUGAUUCUUUUUGCCUCCACCCCACACCCCCUUCCCAAGGGCUCAAACAUGGCUCUGUCAUUCCUUUUGGUCUUGGCAGCAACAGUGAUUCUUAUCAGACCAGAGACACCUGUAACCAAGGCUCUACAUCAUAACUCACUGGAGUGCUGCAGUGAGAAAGUAAAGACGAACAGCUCGUGCUCAAACGACACUCGCUGCGAACCAGGAUGCUUCUUCCGUGUCCUUGAGGGCAGCAAUACUGUUUGCAUAUUGUGUGAUCCUGCUGCCGUAGACUCGGAGAACAUAACGACCUGCACCUACAACUAUACAACGGACAGGAAAAACCAUACCACAGUCACAACUGUAAUGCCUAAAAUUGGCGGUGCAGGCGUGGCCGCCUCGCUUCUUCUUGGAACGCUGUUGAUCAGCCUGUUUUUGAUCCUCUCUGUCGCCUCCUUCUUCUACCUCAAACGCUCCCAUCGACUCCCAAAUAUCUUCUACCGCCGCAACAAGGCCUUUAUAUUCCAACCAAGUGAGACGGCUGUCAUGAUUCCUUCUUCUUCAGCGAGAAAACAAAGAUACGUUCGACGGGAGCGUCCCUCCGCGACAUCCAGUGGCGCCAUCACACCCACCGCCUCCACCACGAGGGUCCACAACGUGUAGGAGGAAAGAGCCAAGGAACCAUGUGAGAGUUUAUCAUUGAAAGACAUGAUUUGACUUCUUGGAGGCCAAAUUUGAACUGCAGCUGUUUUUAUUCCAUGUCACCUCAAUACGAAAUAGUGUCCACCGUCACACUCCCUCUGUGAAAUACUAUGGGUACAAAAUUUAGUAAUGUCAUUCAUCAGCUUGUAUUCUAACUCAUUGAUGCUAUUUUUUUUUUGUCACACUUGAACUUGACCUUUUUACUCGUUAACGAGCUCAUCUGAAGUAAUUGCGUUAAUGCUGCACUGACACAUGUGUAUGGGCUAAUAUUUAAAUAACGCCUUUUGUUUUUGUAGAGGCAGUAUUUGUAUGUCUGAAAAAUAUAUUGCAGUAGCCGAGAAGCAAGACAUCUGUAUCAUUCCGAAAACAGCUUCCAUCUCAAUCCCCAUCAUUAUCUUGGUAGCAUUGGUAACGAUCGCAACACCGAGAUGUGCGCUUUCACGUGACACACAUGAGGCGUCCCCCUCGACACACACACACUUAAAAACCACGUGACUGAUCGGAUGUGUGUAUUCAUCAUUUUGAGGCUAAUGUGCAGCGAGCCAGUGUCCGAGUUGGCUGAUUGUGACAAACCAUCAUCAUCAGAACAACCCAGUCACAUCUGGGCUGUUCUUUAGUUGUGUGUGUUUUUAUACUUCAUAGUUUGCAUUUCUCUACUGUACUUUAUCUAUGACCGUAUGUGACUUUUUUUAUUUAUUUAUUAUUUGUAUCCUAUCAGCCAAAAUGAAUGUAUUUUCCUUGUACAAGCCACACAAUACAGUUAGGUGCGUAUGUACAGUGUAGCACAAAAUGAUUCUUUCCACGGUUAAAUUAAAACUAAGGGUAUUUUUCAGCUGGAAAUGACACAAAGUGACAAAACACUGUAAGAUGAUAUGCAAAGAAUAUAUUUCUUUUAGAUUUUAAGAAAUAGUUCCAUGUUCCAAAUAAUUCAUACCCUUUCAAUACAUGUAUAGCCAGCAUUCUUAAUUUACAGUAAAUCAAAAUGGUUAUAACUGUUAAUAUCAGAGUCUUUUAAAAUGGUGCAAAAAUAAGGGAUAUUAUUUUUAAAAUGUAAACAAAUUAUUUUACAUUAACAUCUAUAACGCAACUUCUUAGAGUGUUUUGCCAAUUUCUUGUAAUUCCUAUUCUGGAGAUCCGCAUUCAACAAACAAACAAAAAUAGCCAACUGCAAAUUAGGCCAAGGUAUGAAUUAUUUUGAGCUGAACUGUACGUACUUAAAAAUGCUUCAUUAUUAAAGAAGAAAUUACGUUAACUUAUGGAAUUCUCUGUCACCCUAAAUAGAAAAACAUCCCCAAUUGAAAUGAAGAUAACUUUAAAUGUAGAAUAACAAGAUCUUGGUGCACUUUAUAAGCAAAUAUCAGGCUUUUUUACUGAGAUGCUUGAGGAGAAGAUGUUGCUCACUUUAUAGUGAAAUUUUAUCGACCAGCAGAAAAUACUCCUCGAUAUUAAAUACAGCAGUACAUACAGUACUUCUUUGCCAAACGUCGAACAAAUUGAAUGUGAUGAUGCCUGUGCCAUGAAAAGCUUUAAACGUUGUAUUCAUAUUUCACACAUAUUCCAGUGGCCUUUUACUGUAUGCACCACUUUCAAAAUAAGGCUGCCAUCCAAGUUUUAUUUGCGACAUACUUUAUAUUUUGAUUACACUUGAGAUUUGAACGAGCACAUGUGGCGCAAGCAGAAGUAUCUCUUUCUAAACAAGAAGUGAUUAUGUUGCCUCGUGUGUUUGAUAUUUGUCAGCGCAAUACAUGCACACAUUCUUUUAUACAAACUAUUGUUUUGUAACUGUGUACUUGUGACGUGAUGAGAAACGCUCUGGCGAUCAGACGAAUGUUUGCGGGAAUAAAGCACCUUUAAGUAA